CAAGAAACAUCGACAGAGAUGCAGAGAAAUAAGGCCGGAAGAACGUCCUCGGGGCAUCAGUUCUCACGACUCAAGCCCGCAGAGAUUGAUCCUUUGGCCGAAUACGGCCUCCCCUCAAAGGGAGAGAAGAGACUUCUCAACCACAAGACCCAAGAAGCCUACUACUCCAAAAUUGCCGAGCGUUAUCUCGCCUUCUGCACCGACGCCGGCGACCGCGACUCUCUCCAAAAGCAGUUCUCCCGUCUAGCCCUCGGCGAGACCACCAGCACUAACACGUCAACACCGCUUCUCCCAGCCGGCUCAACAUCAGCACCGCCAUCAUCCUCCUCCUCCCACUCCCACGAAUCUUCCACACCCCAACUUCCCCCACCCUCUGACCUCUCCCAAAUUCUCUCCGCCCUCCGCAAGCUCCGUGAAGCCCUCGUCGCCUCCUCACGCCUCGACGACUUCACCACACAAGUCUACCUUUUCGCCGUGCGCCUAGGCAUUCUCUCUUCCUCCUUCGAGACCUACCUCCCUUCUCUUCUCUACCUCCUGCGCGUCAUUCACCGCUCUCCCACGCACCCCUUGACGUCCGUCGAAUAUCACGAGGUUGUGUCCUAUCUUGUACUGGACACAGCCUGUCGCCGGGGGGACCUGGCCGAGGCAUAUGCGCUGAGGAAUCGGUAUAAAUUGAGAGACCCCAAAGUGGAUGCUACGCUGAAAGCGCUGGUGACGGAUGAUUGGGUGAGUUGGAGACGGACCAAGAGAGCUGUGGAUGGGUACAGAGUCAAGUUGAUGGAGUUUGCGGAGCCGGGGAUGAGAGGACAUGUUCUGAAGGCGUUUGGGAGGGCGUAUUUGAGUGUGGGGGUGGAGUAUUUGGAGGAGACGAUGGGGAUGAAGUGGGAGGACAUGGUGGAGCGGUUUGGGGUCGGGUGGGAGUUGAACAAUGGACGGGUGGUGAUUAGGAAGAUUGGGGGGAAGACGCAGUGA